AUGCGACGCGGGAGGAGCCCCUCCUCCUCGCCCGGGCAGGAGGACCUGGCUGCGGCGGGGCUGCUGCAGAGGGAAGGAAGGGAGGCACACAGGGGCUCAUCAGGCGCUGCAGGCUUGGCUGCACAUGAACGAGGGAGAGGUGGAGGCCUGCCUGCCAGCCGAACGAACUAUUUCUUUCCAAGAACUCACCAGCCCGUUAGGCCCAUACCACACUGCUCUCCACUAUAUAAGCCGUCACGGCAUCCAUUUCCCCCUCCUCCGAUCCAAGGGUUUCCUCGCGCCGCCGCCGCCGCUGCAGCCGCCUUCGUCUCCGCCGCCGCCGCUGCAGCCGCCUUCGUCUCCGCCGCCACGAUGCCGUCGCACAAGACCUUCCGGAUCAAGCAGAAGCUGGCCAAGAAGCAGCGCCAGAACCGCCCCAUCCCCUACUGGAUCCGCAUGAGGACCGACAACACCAUCAGGUACAACGCCAAGCGCAGGCACUGGCGCCGCACCAAGCUCGGAUUCUAAGCAAGGGAUGAGGACGAUGGCUCCCGUCGCUGCCGACGGGAGAAGGGUCUAGGGUACCUAGGGUUUAUUAUGUCUCGUUGUUUCUGAAAGAUAUUAUUAUUAAUGCUUGUAGCCUACCUGGGAUACCAUCAUAUUUUGCUGAUUAUGGAACCACUUUUAUUCAGCAUAAGCUCUGUAUUUUGCCUGACUUGCAAGUCGUUUGACCAGUUGAAAUCCUUUAUUACCCUAAA